CAGGUUCAGGCUUCUCAUGAAAAACAGUCGGCUGCCCUAGUUUCACAUGAAUAAAUACCGAGCAAGCCUGUUCCCACCCUCAGUCUUUCUUUCUGUCCACCAACGUUUGAAUCGUCUAUAACCAUGAUGCUCUUCAGCGCUACUUUGUAUCUGGCAUCAACCUGGCUGCUUGUAGAUGCAGGUAUCGCUAAAGAGACCGUUACCACCUGUGUGGACAACGUCGUGCAUCGUUUGAGCUGUGAUUUGGAGAGCGUGAUAAGUGUCGAGACGUCCCUGUACGGACGCAAGGACAAUGUGACGUGCAAUGAAGGAAAGAGUCCAGAUGAGGUUUCCAACACCAACUGCUCUCUUGUUGGUGUCACUAAUGUCGUCAAGGAAAGAUGUAAUGGAAAAAAGGUGUGUGAGCUGAGCACAGAUGUCUUUGGCAGAUCUGAUCCCUGCGGGGCCACCGCCAAAUAUCUGCAGACCACCUACACCUGCCUCCCUGCCUUUCACCGCGUGAUAUGUGAGCACUCUCUAUCAGACUUAAGUUGUGAUCAAGGCCAGGUUAUUGUUGUCCAUGGAGCUGAUUACGGACGCAGAGACCAGACCACAUGUCUGUACGGACGCCCAGCCAAUCAGAUCCAAAACACAGCCUGCUCCAGCCCCACCAGCACAGUUGCUGAAAGCUGCCAAGGUAAAAACAGUUGCAUCAUUAAAGCCAGCAACUCUGUGUUUGGAGAUCCUUGUGUGGGCACUUACAAGUACCUGGAGGUGGCUUACCACUGCCAAUAUGCUGUCACUCCAGAUGAGCAGAUAUUAUAUUCUGCUAAAUUUAUAAGUAAGGUCUAUAAAACAGAACGAUUAUGUUUGACCAAUUUCACAAUAAAAUGCAAAGUGAGCUUUUUCAUUACGAUCUGGCACUUUUCUCUAUCCCUAGUGCUUGCAACAGCUUGCUUACUCAUGGUAUCUGUUGCUGUUACCGAAAAGGCCACAACCUGUGAUGACAGCGAUAAUAUCCAGCAUUUGAGCUGUGAUAACGGAGUGAUCAGUGUGCAGUCAGCCCUGUAUGGACGAGCUGACCGACAGAUCUGCAGUGAGGGCAAGUCUCCCCAGCAGCUUGCCAACACACAGUGUUCUCAAGACGGUGCUGUGGACAUCAUUAAAAACAGGUGUGAUGGCAAGAGGGUGUGUGAGUUCAACACAGGCGACGUCCGCAGCUCCGAUCCCUGCGUCGGCAUCGCCAAGUAUCUGGAGACCAAUUACACCUGCCUCCCAGCAAAUCGUCUUGUCACAUGUGAACACUCCAAUUCACAUUUGUAUUGUGAUUAUGGGCAGGUCAUAUUUGUCUAUGGGGCCGACUACGGACGUCGAGACCGCACCACCUGCUCUUACAGACGACCUGCCUCUCAAACUGAAAAUGUUUACUGCUCAAACCCCACCAACAUAGUGGCUCAAACCUGUAACGGGAAAAACAGCUGCACAAUCAGAGCCCACAACUCAGUUUUUGGAGACCCGUGCACAGGCACAUUCAAGUACCUGGAGGUGGCUUACACAUGUGAAUAUCUUUGAGUGACUUCAGAAAGAUCUGCAUGAUCAACACAAGAAUUG